CUCAGUUGCUCAAACGAAACGCACGGUAACGAUAACGUCUGUAGCGAAUUAGAGUCCCAAGCAUUUAAAUUGCAGGCCGAGAAGCUUUCGUCUUCUCCAAUCCCUCUCGGAAAGCUGUUGCUGCGGGUGAUCGGAGAAGAAUAAAAUAAAAUGGCAUCGAGUGGGGCAGUGUUGCCAAGAGGCGGUGCAGCAGCAGCUGCAAGUUUGCGGCGGAGGAGGUCUGGUGGUGGCAAUGCUGCUGGGAGCAGCAAUGGUGGCAAUGGAGCUAGCAGAAUGCUCCAGUUUUACUCAGAUGAUACUGCAGGGAGAAAGAUGUCUCCCCAUACCGUUCUUAUCAUGAGCAUUGGAUUCAUCGCUGUCGUUGCUGUUCUUCAUGUCUUUGGCAAGCUCUACCUGGUCAGUCCUUGACUAUUUCAAAUAGAUAGGAUAUAUUCUACCGUUAAGCAGUUUAAUUUUGUUAGCCAAAUACCGACAUUUGAAUGGGAAUAUACUUUCCGUCGACAAAUUUGAUUAACAUUACCAAAGAAAAUUUUCAUUUUCUAAUGUAAGGGGAAGAAAAUCAUGUUUCUGUAGCUGGUUUAAAGAAGCUGAGUGAGGUAAGAAAUGUUUGUGGAUUUA